GUGGUAAGAAGAGGACAGUGGGAGGGCCAAAGUGAAUGAGGCAAAGGCAGGCAAACAGUUUACAUCAUUAUUCCAGAAAGAUCCACAGGCCGUCUGUGUUGCUCUAUUUAAGUGCGCAGACAGAAGGGACAGCAGUUUUCUGAGUGCUGCUAAGGCCCAGACACAAAAUGGACAUCGCCAUCCAGUAUCCCUGGUUCCGUCGCUCCUUCUGGCCAUCCUUCUUUCCCAGCCGGAUCUUUGACCAGCACUUUGGGGAUCCCAUCUCUGAGGCCGACAUGAUUCCCUCGCUGUACUACCCGCGACCUUCCUUUUUCCGCUGGCCAAGCUGGGUGGACAGCAGCCUUUCUGAAAUGAAAAUGGAAAAGGACUGUUUCUCGCUAAAUCUGGAUGUUAAACAGUUUAAACCAGAGGAGCUGUCAGUGAAAAUCAGCGGAGAUUUCAUUGAAAUUCAUGCCAAACAUGAGGAUCGUCAGGAUGAUCACGGUUUCGUCUCACGAGAGUUUCUAAGAAAAUACCGUGUCCCUGCUGGAGUGGAUCCAGCCUCUGUCACUUCCUCCCUGUCUUCUGAUGGGGUUCUGUCAGUGACGGCACCGCGCAAGCACACAGGCGGCCCGGAGCGCUCCAUUCCCAUCACCCAUGAUGACAAACCCGCCGUGGCUGGGUCUCAGAAGAAGUAAAGCUGCUAGACUUCCAUGUUUCAACUUUAUGUCCCUUGUUUCCUCUGUCCCACUGAGCUCCUGCUACAUUACAAGGGAAUAACUUAUUAGCCCGGCGUUUCCCUUCAGGCCAAAGCGUAGCUUGUCUUUGCUACAGCGGCUAGAGAAGAAACAGUUAUUAGGUUGAAAACUCCAUCAGCGUCAAACAAACUCUAAACACAAUCUCUAAAUGAUGAAAAGAUACACUUUUACAAUAAAGUAUUGUCUUCUGUUGAUGCCACCAAACAAA